AUGUCGGCCCCACACCUCGUGCCCAGGUUCCGCGGCGGCAAGGUCAAGCCAUACUCGUCCUACAAGCGGCGAUUCAAGCUGACAGCCACCGGCAAGGUGCUGUACCCGCGGCCAGGCCACGUCCACAAGCGCUUCAACAAGACCAAACGGCAGCUGUUUGAACUGAGCGGGAUGCAAGUCAUGAAGCCGCGAUACGCCAAGACGGUCAAGAAGAUUGGCUUCAAGCUGCGCCACUUUUAG